GCGAGCCCGCCUGCAGGAAAAUGAGGGCGGGGAACAGGCCGGCCCCUGCGCUUCAGAGCACCGGUGGGUUUAAAGCCGCAAGGGAAGGCGGUGAGAGCGACAGGAUGCUCAGCCCAGCCCAGCCCGAGCCCUGCCCCGGGACGCCCGCAGCCGCGGCCGCGCCUCCCUCCCCCGCCGGAAGGAGAGGCCGGCGCGCCCCCGCCCGGCCCAGCAUGCACCACGAGCGCGACCACGCGCGCCGCCUGCGCCAAGCCGUCCGUGCGCCCAGGCUGGGACGGGGUGAAAUGGCAGCCUCUUCCUCAUCCUCUUCAGCUGGCGGAGUCAGUGGCAGCUCUGUAACGGGAUCGGGGUUCAGUGUUUCAGACCUAGCACCACCCCGAAAAGCCCUCUUCACUUACCCCAAAGGAGCCGGGGAGAUGCUGGAAGAUGGCUCCGAAAGAUUCCUCUGUGAGUCUGUCUUCAGCUAUCAGGUUGCAUCUACUUUAAAGCAAGUGAAACACGAUCAACAAGUCGCACGGAUGGAAAAACUAGCCGGUCUGGUGGAAGAGCUGGAGGCAGAUGAGUGGAGGUACAAGCCAAUAGAGCAGCUCCUGGGAUUCACUCCCUCCUCGGGCUGAGCGUGGCUGCAUCGCUGCUGUCAGGGAGCAGAAGGAAAACAUUCUCUGGCCCAGCUUCAAAGCACUCCCUCGUUUAUCAGGAUGCUGACAGCUGCAUCAGCAGGACUGGGCUUUUGGGUUUUUUUCAGUUGAGAGUGGGAAUCCCCUGUAAAGGUGACAGUGAGUGGAAAAGAUGGGAUUCUUUAAGUCCUCAGCGGUGUUACAGUCUGGCAGGGCACAGCUUCUGGAACUCAGAAGGCAGGAUCAGUUUUACGGAACUUGGAGAGGCACCUUAUUGUUCAGAGCAGAGGGAAGACCCGCAGCAUGGUGAGCCAGAAACUCAGUCUGGCCUUGCUCUGGGUGCCCGGCGGGCUGGGAAGCCUCCAUCUUCCCUGCUCAAGGCCAGAAGUGCAAUGCCCUGCCAGAAACACUCUUCAGCCCUGGCUCCUGUUCUGGGAGGUGAACAGGGCGAGAACUGCAUCGGGUCAGCUGGGAGAGGGCAAAUGGUGAGGCUUCCUCUGGAGGCACCUCCUGUAUCGCCAAGACUCUCCACUGCCCUUCCUCUUGUGCCCGCACAGCGAGUGCUGGUAGGACCCCACUCUCUAAAGCAGCAUCUCUGUCUUUAAUACCCUGAAAUGCUUUUUCCUCUUUAGUAAGUGUUAGCUUGCUCUGUGAUAAUAAAAUAAUUCUAUCUUUGAAA